UCCUCGCAGACGUUAAAUUCUCCGGGUGCAAAAGUUGUCGUCGCUUCAUCCUGCGACGAGAGUCACCCACCGGAAAACAUCACUGACGGAAACCCUCACACGUUUUGGAUGUCCACCGGGAUGUUUCCUCAAGAGUUCAUCAUUCGCUUUGCUGAACCCACGAAGGUCUCAGCUGUGACAGUGGACAGCUACAACGUCAAGCAUCUAAAGAUAGACAAGAAUACUUCACAAAAUGCCUCUCAAUUUGAGUCUGUUACAGAGAAAGAAUUUGAACAUACAGAGGGACAUCUUCAGUCAAAUGUUGUUUCGCUAAAUGGAAGCAGUGCAACCCACCUUCGUUUUAUCAUCACCUCAGGAUAUGAUCACUUUGUUUCAGUGCACAGAGUUAGUGUACAAGAUUGACAGGCCUGAUUGUUGUGAAUUAAAGCCCCGUGGCAUAUUUUUUGUAUAUA